AUGAUUGAUUGGAUUCCGCAACUUGCCCAGAGAAUUGAUUUGUCCGACGAAGAGCGCGGCAUUUUCGCAUGCUUGAUCCAUCCUGCUGGUUUCCAGCCGCGGUACACGGCAGCAAGCUCGAUAGCACAGAUGUUUCGGCUAGAUUGUGAAGAUGCCACGCAGCUGCAGAUCCGGCACUGCCUGGUAAAUGGGCUGGCAUGCUGCCUUGCUUUGGAAGAAUCAAAGCGACACCACUGCUGGCUGCACAUGAUCCAGCCAAGCAAAUUGCAUGGCACCUUUGGUUUCGGAAGCACUUGGAAGCAAGCUAUCGGCAGGGUGCACUACGACUGUGGGUGCGAGUUCCAGUAUGAUGGCACCCUCCGCCUUGGAAACAACUCUAAUGACCAUUGGCCUGCUCCGGUGGCAGUUGCCAGCUAUUUCCAGAGUUGGGGCGCCCUUUGCAUGAAUUUCGUGUUCUCUGCGUCAGCCGAUGAGAGCCUGUUUGACAAAGUGCUCACGCCCUCUGCCAUCCACUCAGAGAGUCAGACGAAUGGUCCGAUUCUUGGGUUUGACGUUGUGGGUAGCUGUGGAAGCAGCUUCAGUACCACCAAGGUGGUUAUGUGCUAUACUCGUAAGUGA